GCUUCCUCGUGUAAUUUCUCCCAUUUAUCCUCCAACGAGGAUUUCGUGCGGGCUGCGUUUUCGAUUGAUUCAAUUUUUUUAUACGGGAAAAUGUUUUUCACCUAAUAUCAUACAUUUGAAUACAUAUGUAUUGAUGUUUUCGCACAAGUCAUUCCCGAUGUUACGGUUAAGUGUAGUGGAAAGUAAUAGCAGUAGGAAUUUUCGGCGACUCCUGUUCCUCGUCGUUCUUUUCACCGCUGGGGGGGCAAUGGGGAUCCGAGACGUGCGUAUUACUGUACCAGCAAUGGUUCGGUCCCGGGAUUCCGCACUUCUCACCUGUGACUACGAUUUGGAGGCCGCAUAUCUGUACUCCAUAAGGUGGUAUCUUGGGGACGAAGAGUUUUAUCGAUUUGUACCCCGAGAAGAUCCUCCGCAAGCAAUAUUCUCCGUUCGGGAUAUGCAGGUCGAUAGACAACACUCAAACAUGAAGGACGUGACAUUGGUGAACGUGUCUCGAAACCUGACCGGGACCUACAAAUGCGAGAUUUCGGCGGAUGCCCCGUCGUUUCACACCCUGAUAGAAGAAGCGCAGAUGAAGGUUGUAGAUGUCCCAGAAGCGGAUCCGUGGAUUGAGCCAGAGAAACAACGUUUACCGGCGGGUGAAACUCUUCGGGCGAAUUGCACGUCAGGCGCUUCGAAUCCCGCCCCCACCAUUACGUGGACGCUGAACGGAGAUCCUUUGAAUCGUACAAACCUUGCUUUCAAAAUGUGGCCACGGUUCUUGGGGCAAGGUGACAUCAAAUCCACGCAAUCUACUUUGGAACUUAAGACGACCGCGGAUCUUUUCAAGGAGGGAAAACUCGUGCUUCGAUGUUUUGCAGCAAUACCGACUGUUUAUAAGGCUUCCGCUGAGUUAGUUGUCGCUGAAGACACACCGCUCAUUGCAUCAAUCACCGGCAACGCUUCGCCACACUUACGCCAAUCAAGUGGAUCCCGUCCGAGCUCUUUGGUAGAGAUUGGCGUCCUCAUGUUAUCCUUGGCAGCAGCCGCAUCCUGGAGCAGAUAGCUCUUUUAUACAAAGGGCAUCGAUUCCUCUCACUGACCCGAACACGUCGUCCAUGUCAACCUAGUAGCUAGGGCUUCCAGUUAUGUAUGUUACUAUGUAUCAUGUAGAUAGGUGGAUAAUUUUUAUUGAAGUGACAAGUAAUAAUACACAAACUAUAUACAGUUACUUUUGAACAUGUUAUCUUUUGAUGUAAAUUGUUGAUAAUAAAAUGCGUUGAUCUAUGCAUUUUAA